AUGCUAACUCUGAAAACAAUGGGAAAAAUGAUUUCCAAACUGGUUUAUGACUUCGUUUACGCAAUCGAGACAAAGGUGCUCAGCAGGACACGACCUAAAAACGUUAAGAAGAAGAGUGUUUUUGUGACACUUGCCCUCAUGAUUCUGACCGUUUGUCUCGGUGGAUUAGAAGGAAUGUACGUGGAAGGCUGGACUUUUGUAGAAGCUUUUACGCAUGGUUCGCUACACUUUCCACUCUGGGCUACGGUGACUACUUUCCCGGAUGGAUUGUACUUUUAAAAGUUGACGCUUCUUCAAAUCCGAAAUCUCAGUUAAAUCUUGUUUUGAUCAUCUUUAUUUCAGCCCUCUCAAGCAUGCAAGCUGUGUGGUUGCUGGUUUUCCAAACUAGGAACAAAAUUAGAGAAAAAAUUCAUUUUGGAAAAUAAAACACAACAUACACACAACAACAACAACAUUACAAAUGUUAUAUCAUUUUGCUUGAUUUUUAUGAACGGGAGUCUGGACGUUUUCGUCGCAGAUCACAUGGGCCUGGAAUAUGAAUCAAGGAAUGAUCCUCAUUGUGAACUCAGAGUUGUUGGUGAACCUUUUGUAAUGUCUGGAGCCUCCGUUGCUGUUAAAAAGAACAAUUCUUUGUUUUUCCAAGUAUAA